UUGGAAACACGGAAGAUCCAGGUCAGGAGACACAAACAACACCCCGCUGUGAAAUCUCAUCUGAAAGUCGUGUUUUUUAUGUAGUACAUUCAGGUCUGGUGUUUGUAUUUGAUCCGGACGAUGGCUGCCGUGUCGCUGCUGCUCUUAUAGCCUCAUUGAAAAAGUGAAAACAGACUGAAGAUGCCAGCCCGCAACGUUGUUUCCAACGGAAGCCCGAACAGUAGGGUUAGAUACUCCAGGUUAGCCACUGAUGAUGACGGAUACAUUGAUUUACAGUUCAAAAGGAGCCCACCCAAGGUCCCAUAUAAAGCCAUUGCACUGGCCACAGUCCUCUUCAUAAUAGGCUCUCUGCUAAUCAUCAUUGGUGCCCUUCUCCUGGCUGGAUACUUUGAAGUCACUCACUCCGAUCGUACAUUCCCUGUCCUCAUCAUCGGGAUCCUUGUCUUCCUGCCAGGAAUCUACCACCUACGGAUAGCUUACUAUGCUUCAAAGGGCUACCCGGGGUACUCCUAUGAUGAUAUCCCAGACUUUGAUGAUUAAUAAACAUCACAGCUUGAACCACAGCCUUUUUGUGCUUACAUGCACUCAUAUGCUGUAUUGCUUGCAUUGGUUAAAGCAGAGAAGGAA